CGCUCGAAGUACUUGUUCUACGACCUCGUGAAGCUCAGCAACAGACACCCUCAACACAAUUCGCUGCCUGUCUCUUUGCUAGAAAACAUAGAUGGCGCCUUGGCCAAAGAGGCCAAAACGGCACGUGACGAGGAUGCCUCGGAAGCAAGAAGAAAGGCCGCCGAGGCGAAAAUCGCCAAGGUGUUUGGCGGCCGCAUCAAGGGCGAGGACAGGAAAAGCUCCAGUCGGAUCAACGUGGGCAAGCCGCGGGUCAUAGGGGGCGUGAAAGUGCCCCACCGGCCCUUAGAGCCGGACAACUGCUGUAUGAGCGGAUGCAUCAAUUGUGUGUGGGAAAUGUACAAUGAUGACGUGAAGGACUGGAACACACAACGGAAAAAGGCCGCUGCCGCAUUGGUGGCCAAGGGCGGCGUUUGGCCCGAGGACUUCCAUCCCCCGAUCGAGCUACUCAAGCCGGAAAACCUACCACCAUCACUUGCGCUGCAAGCGAGAGGGAACAAUCCAAAGGGGGACGAGGAGCCGUGGGACAAAGUGCCGGUGCAGAUCCGGGUGUUUGCCGAGAUGGAGAAGAAAAUCAAGGCGAAGCAGAAA